AUGGGUCAAAUACCCAAGGCAAGAUUGGCCAUCAUGUUCAUAUGUCUUGUCGUCAAGGCCGUGCAUAUUGAGGUGGUCACAGAUUUGGGCACAGAAGCAUUUCUGGCGGCUCUGAAAACAUUCUCUGGACGUCGCGGUCUCCCCACAGAUAUUUACUGUGACAACGCGACCAAUUUCGUUGGCGCCUCCAAUCAGCUGCACGACCUAAAGAAUUUCCUAUUCAAUGAGAAGACUCAAACCGCAAUUCAAAAAUGUUGUGCCGCUGACUUUAUCAGCUUUCGUUUCAUCUCACCCAGCGUUCCGCAUUUUGGUGGGCUCUGGGAAGCGGCAGUGAAGAGCGCAAAUGGACUACUCAUCAGAUCCUUUCUAAGCACCAAGUUUACGUACGAAGAGCUCACAACAGUCGUGGUUGAGAUAGAAGCCAUCCUCAACUCACGCCCAAUAACGCCAAUGUCAUCAGAUCCGAACGAUCUCUCAGCCCUGACAGCAGGUCACUUUUUGACGGAAGCUCACUGCGUUCCAUGCCAGAACGUUUUGUUAACGACUCCAAGGCCAGUACAUUGCAACGACGGCAGCAGUCACGGCAUUAAAGCAGUCCUUUUAGCAUCGCUGGUCCACAAACUAUUUCAACGCACUUCGAUCAAGAACUAA